GGCAGCAGAGAACUGGAAGAAGGAGCAGGCAUGAGAUCUGCCCCUCCACCCUCUUCCCACCGGAAGCAGGCAGCAAGCACCUGCCAGACAGGAAUCCAGGGCAUUUGGGAGACACGACCUCAAGUAACAGGUGUUGUUUUUGCAAUUCCUGACCUUCAAUACUUACCUCACACCUCUGAGAAGAUCCCACAGACAGGAGAAAUAUCUGUUGAUGUUGGACUAACCUGGGAAGUGGGACGCCCCUUUGGCAAUCUGUCAGUGCCAGGCUCAGCUGCCUCCUCUCACUGAGUGAUUUCUAACCAGACUGACAGUCCUUAAAACAAGUAUGCAGUUAAGCUGCUAAGGGAUGGAGGAAGCUAGUUUGUGCCUUGGCGUUUCUUCAGCUGUGUCCGAAGCUGAUGCCCACCUCAACAGCUCCAUCCUCAAUGGCCAGUAUUCAAUGAGCCAGAAGCUCCACCAGAUCACAUCCCAGCUGAGCCAUGCAUUUCCAGAGCUUCAGAAUAGGCAGAACCCCGAUGAAAAGACAGCAGCGCUCUUAGAAGACAAGAGCCACGUGUCCUUAGCAAACCAGCCCAUCAGCAGUCAGAUGGCCCUGUUAGCCAACCAGCUUAGCAGAGAGGUUGAUACCAGUUUGAACGGGCGGGUCGACUUGCAGCAGUUCUUGAACGGACAAAACUUAGGCAUCAUGUCCCAGAUGAGUGAUAUAGAGGACGAUGCCAGGAAGAACAGAAAAUACCCAUGUCCCCUAUGUGGGAAGCGUUUCCGUUUCAACAGCAUCCUGUCACUCCACAUGCGCACCCACACGGGGGAGAAGCCAUUCAAGUGCCCCUAUUGCGACCACAGAGCAGCUCAGAAGGGAAACUUGAAGAUCCACCUGCGCACUCACAAGCUCGGAAACCUUGGCAAAGGCCGCGGGAGGGUUCGAGAAGAAAACAGGCUCUUGCACGAGCUGGAAGAGAGGGCGAUACUGCGGGACAAGCAGAUGAAGAGCAGCCAUCUGCAACCAAGGCCUGACGUCAAAGCACAUCCGCAUUCUCAGCCUAUGCCUCUGGCUAAUUGCAACCUCUCUGUGCCCACUAAUCACAACACCCCUGACAUUUCCAACCCUGUUCCCUCUCCAAAGCCAGCCAGCAUACAGGAAGAAGUGGUGGCAACCGCUGCUGGUUUUAGGUGCACUUUUUGCAAAGGAAAGUUUAAGAAGCGGGAGGAGCUUGACAGGCACAUCAGGAUCCUCCACAAGCCUUACAAGUGCACUUUGUGUGACUUCGCCGCAUCGCAGGAAGAGGAGCUGAUCAGCCACGUGGAGAAAGCGCACAUAACUGCUGAAUCAGCUCAGGGGCAGGGCUCGAAUGGGAGUGGAGAGCAGGCUGCGAAUGAGUUCCGGUGUGAGGUGUGUGGCCAAGUCUUCAGCCAAGCCUGGUUCCUUAAGGGCCACAUGAGGAAGCACAAGGAUUCAUUUGAGCACUGCUGCCAGAUCUGCGGGAGGCGCUUUAAAGAGCCCUGGUUCCUGAAGAACCACAUGAAGGUCCACCUGAACAAGCUGUCUGUGAAAAACAAAUCUCCCAAUGACUCAGAAGUCCCUGUGUCCAUCGGCAGCAUGUCACAGGAAGCUCACGCCAACUUGUACUCAAGGUACUUAUCCUGUUUGCAAAGUGGCUUCCUUCCUCCUGACAAAGCGGGUCUAAGUGAGCAGAAUCAGACUUACAACAAGGGGGACUUGCCCAUGAAAGAGAGGGAAAUGCUGGGCAAGCUUCUGUCCCCUAUUGCUGGCAUUGGCCAUAGCCUCACUGAAGGGGACAAGCAUUCUUUGUUGGGCUGUCUUAACCUUGUGCCUCCUCUCAAAUCCAGCUGUAUAGAAAGGCUCCAGGCUGCAGCCAAGGCAGCCGAGAUGGAUCCUGUAAACAGCUAUCAGGCUUGGCAGCUGAUGGCAAGAGGCAUGGCCAUGGAGCAUGGCUUUCUGUCUAAAGAGCACCAGAUCCAGCGAAGCCACGAAGACACUUUGACAAACGCCGGCGUUAUGUUUGAUAAGGAGAAGCGGGAGUAUGUGUUAGUAGGAGCAGAUGGCUCCAAGCAGAAAAUGCCUGCUGAUUUGGUUCACAGCACUAAAAUGGGCAAUCAGAGAGACUUGUCAAACAAACUAGACCCUUUGGAAGGCAGUAGAGAUUUUCUGUCUCACGGCAUGAACCAAGGGCUCGAUUUCAACAUGCAGAGCCACAGCAACGUGAAGGAGAAGCCGACCGAGUGCCCCGACUGCGGCAGGGUUUUCAGAACAUACCACCAAGUCGUCGUUCAUUCCAGAGUCCACAAGAGAGACAGGAAGGUGGAAGAAGAGAUCCUUCAGGGGAGCAUCGAAGAGCGUCGUGGGUCAGGCAGUGACCAGGAGUCUCAGUCCGUCAGCCGGUCAACAACGCCUGGGUCCUCCAACAUUACUGAGGAAAGUGGAAUGGGUGGUGGCCUCUCUCAGACAGGAAGUGCCCAGGAAGACAGCCCACAUCCUUCUUCACCUUCUUCUUCAGAUAUCGGCGAUGAAGCUGGGAGAUCUGCCGGAGUCCAGCAACCGGCUUUGCUGAGAGACAGGAGCCUUGGGUCUGCUAUGAAGGACUGCCCUUACUGUGGGAAAACUUUCAGGACAUCGCACCACUUAAAAGUUCACUUGAGGAUACAUACAGGUGAGAAACCUUACAAGUGUCCCCACUGUGAUUAUGCUGGUACACAAUCUGCUUCACUCAAAUACCACUUGGAACGACAUCACCGGGAACGGCAGAAUGGAGCAGGACCACUUUCCGGACAGUCUCAAAGUCAAGAACAUAAGGAAGAGACAUCAAAUAAAGGAUCAAUGUUCAUUAGACCUGAAGUACUAAGAGGAGCCUUCAAGGGUCUUCCUGGAAUAGAUUUCCGGAGUAGCAUGGGAUCUCAACAAUGGUCACCAGGGAUGCUUUCCUCAGGAGAUCAUCCAGGUCAUUCGACUGGCAUGUCUUCAGAGGUUUCUGCAGAUGGCAUCAAGGGGUCUGACAUAUCUUCCAAAGGGACACGCUUUUCUGAGCUGGGCAGAGCUUACCAUAGUAUGGUUGGAAAUGGAGUGAACUUUCAAGGGUCGUUGCAAGCUUUUAUGGACAACUUUGUCCUCAGUUCCUUGAAGAAAGAAAAAGAAAUGAAGGAUAAAGUCCUGUCUGAUUGCAUUUCCACAAAGCCUCUGGCUUUAGAGAGUGGUGAGGAGAAAUCAUCUAAUAAGCAGAGAAAAACAGAAAAAUCACAGUAUGAGCCUCUUGACCUCUCUGUGAGACCAGAUGCAGCCAGUCUUCCAGGUUCAUCCGUUACAGUCCAAGACAAUAUUGCUUGGCAUGGCUGCUUGUUUUGUUCAUUCACAACAUCAUCUAUGGAAUUAAUGGCUCUUCAUCUCCAAGCCAAUCAUUUAGGCAAGGCAAAGCGUAAAGACAGUGUUUUAGGAUCAACUAGAAAUGGUAAAGACCCACCCAGGGAGGCCAUUGCUUCAGCAAAUAAAGCUAGCUUGCUGCUGACUUCCAUACAGUCCAACAAAGAUGUAGCUACUUCAAAUUUGAUUGGUCAGAUAGACCCAGCUUCUGAAAGAAUGAACCAAGGAUCCAAGGACUCUCCAGGAGAACAGAGGAACACCCCUUGGCCUGGUCACAUGGAUUCCACUUUUUAUAAUUUUGCAGCAGACUUCUACAAGCAAUUUGGUGUUUAUUCCGGAGUUGUUGGAGCACAAAAUGCUUGCACCGGUAAUGAACCUGACAUAAAACCACAAAGUGAAGAUGACUCAAGCAUGCUGCUUUCUGACUCUGUAAAUAAAAGUGCUACUGACGACCUGUCAGACAUAGCUUCCUCUGAAGACAUGGAGUCCUCCAAGGAAGAAACCAUUGAUGAUGAGGACAUUGAAACAGAACCUGCUCUUACGAACAAACCAUUGUCCAACCUGAGCAAAGAUGGUGCUGAUAGAGGGGACAACGUACAAGGCUCUGUUGCCUCAAAAGGACUCAUGCCGCCAUUGCCACCUUCCGAAAAGCAGUGGCACAGUCAGAAUCUCCUCGCUUCCCAUGAAGCUACACCAGGUGCCAUGAAGCCUGAACCAGCUCAGAGCCCACAGGUCCUGGAGAAGCAAGUCAACAUGUUGUCGGUCCUAAGAGCCUACAGCUCUGAUGGCUUAGCAGCCUUUAAUGGACUUGCAAGUAGCACAGGAAGUAGUGGAUGUAUCAAGAGACCUGACUUGUGUGGUCACCGGCCUUUCCAGUGCAGAUACUGCCCCUACAGUGCCUCUCAGAAGGGAAAUCUGAAGACCCACGUCCUUUGUGUCCAUCGCAUGCCUUUUGACAACAGCCAGUAUCCAGACCGCAGGUUCAAGCGCUCCAGAGUUGACGCCGAAGCUUCUGGGAAUUCCGAGGAACCUGGAGCUGUCAAACCUGGGAGCUCGACAGAGUUAACAGAGGAGGGCAGCCAGGCCCAGGAGUAAUGCCGCAGAACAAAUCAAUCUGUAUAUUGCAAUAUUAUUUUACACAGUUUUUUAGAUAUGCAUUUCGGGUAACACAGAGAGUUUGCUUAACUGCCUUCUGAGGAAAACAGAUUGUGUGCAAAUUCCCAGAAGCGUGCAGGAUGUUUAAGACAUUAAAGACACACGCACACACACACACACACACACA